UACAGAACCGUGCGCACAGUGCGCGCAGUUUUAUCGUGACGUCAGAGGGUGCUUCCUCAGUGGCGCCCCCUGGCGGGGAACGCGUGCAAAAAGUCCAGCUCUUAGGCAUGUCCGGGUUACCGAUACCCACAAUCCAACCCAUCUUAGCCUAACAUAACCUAACCUAGCCUAACAUAACCUAACCUAACUUAACUGGUAUAGCUAGGCUUACACCAUGGAUACUGCUACUCGUAUCUCCGCCCUGACGGCUGACUCUACUCCGGAGGAGGUGAGCGGUGUGCUCUCCGCCGCCGCCUCUGCCGCUGAGACUGCCUCUGAGUCUGAGGAUGCUGCACUAACCACCGCACUGACCGACGCACUACUGGCACUACCUGCCAGUGUAUCGACCACCGGCGCCGGACAGCACCUCUGUCGACUGACCGCCGAGCUGGCCAAACGAGAGGAAAACCGCGCACGUCUGUCGGUUCCCUCGCUUCUCAGAAGACUGGUUGAGGUGCUAGCGGCUGCCGCUGAACCCAAAGAGGAUGUUGACGAUCUUGUUCAGCCAUGCCGCGCGCUGGGUAAUCUGUGUUAUGAGGGCGAGCCAGCCCGUGCGGGGCUGCUCGAGCCACUGGGACCGGCGGCACUGACGGCUGCUGUUCUAAAGGCGACCACGGCUGGAAAGGACGGUGUACGAGCCCGUGAGGUGGCUAGUGGACUGGUGCUCAACUUCAUCAAUGAUUACCCGGCUGGCGUGGAUUGGGCCGUUGACUCCGAGUCGCUAAACCGUCUGAUCGCCUCUUGCUGUGAUGACGUCACCCAAUCGUCCCUAUUACGUCACACUCUGGUGGCCGCAGCUGUAGUGGUGGACUCUCCACGACGUGAGGCACUUCUCGGCUCACGUUUGGCAGCACUCCUGGCCGUCUGUCUUCUACCUCAACGGGAACCUUCAGUGCUAGAGGAAGCCUUAGAAACUGCGGCUGCCUGGUGCCGACACGAUGAAGCUCGCUUGGCUCUCGCUCAUGGCGGGGUGGCGGAUUCUCUAGUCUGUCUUCUCCCGGCUGUCAACUGCCCCGCUGAGGCCCGAGCACUUCUCGUGGAGCUUCUGAGUGGAGAUCAGGCCAUGGCGGCUGUAUAUCGGCGAGGGGAAGGAGCGGUCUAUAAGGAAGUUCGACGCUGGCUGGCCGAGGGUGGUGGUGCGGCGGAGACGCUGACGGCCUGCGCGUGCGACGCCCUGAGCAACUUCGCUACCAAUGAUGACCACGCGACAGGGAUGGUGCGCUCCGGAGUGCACCUGGACCUGGUUCCCCAGCUGAAGUCGGACAGUGCCCGGCUCCAGAUGGCUGCGCUGAGUCUGCUGCGGAACCUCUGUCUCCCAUCAGCCAACAAAGUGGCGCUGCUGGAGGCCGGUAUGCUGGACCACCUGCUGAGUCUCUCCGUGGUCGAACAGCCGGCACUGUUCAAGUACUACGGCACCCUGCGUCUGCUGGUGGCCGACAGUGGCGACGCCUGUGGCCGUCUGGCGAACCAGCCGGGUCUGCUGGAACAAGUGGUGACGGCUGCACGGGGUGACGGCCCGUAUGGGGUCCAGCACGAGGCGUGUCGACUGCUGGCCAGGCUCGUCCGCACGGCACAGAGUUCUGAUGUGUCUCGCGCGGUGGUGUCCGCCGGCGGUCACUCCAGUCUGGUGCGUCUACUGCGGGCCGAUAACGCCGUGAUGACCAACGAGGCCAUCAUGGCCCUGUGUCACACGGCGCCGCUCACUGAGGCGGCCGAGCUAGUCAGCUCUGAGCUGGCCGACGCCAUGACUGCUGUGAUGAACAAUGCCGAGUUUCCCGUCCAAGUGAAGGAGAACGCCGCCACGCUGCUCAUCCUGCUCAGGUCACGAGGGGAGCCAGAGAUGGCGGAGGCCCUCAGCGGAGUGCCGCAGUUGGAUCCAGCCUCGGCUGUGGACCGGUAGGUCACGUCACGUCAUCACACGUCAGAGGAACGUCAGGUGACGUGACGUCAUCGAGAUGGCGACGUCAGUAACGCGCACAACGAAUUAAUCUUGGUGGGAUUGACGGUGAUAGUCAUGCUGUGAAUGGACAUCACAGCUUGAAGAUUUUCUAAGCAGCGCAGCAGCAAGUCGGCGAAACGGCUGUCUGAGUAAAGACAUUCUGAGUGGAAUGAUAUCGUCUGGAGCUCGCAUUUAUAGUCAUUUUUGAACCACCGCUAUCUUAUGCAGCAAACGCUCAUGAAUUGCUUUUGUAAGUGGCUAUUGUAUCUGUGAGGUUAGAUGCUCGUUUGAGAUGCUCGGAGCGACUGUGUGAAGAACCGUGGAAUGUGUUGUGCUGUCCGCUUUGAAGCCUGAUGCGUGGCUGUUUUUCGACUCAGUUAAUCGGCAGCCACCACUGAGCCAUUGAUACAAUCAAACAAACAUUCGUAUUUAGUCGAGUCUGAGGCAGUUCCUCAUUUACGCGUGUCGAUUGAGCAUUGAGUCGUACGAGUAUGUCUUGUGAAGACUCACUUAUUGCCGGCUUUAGUUCGUCCUGUUUAUCCUGUGGAACAACCGAUGUGCAACCCGCCAUAACUUUGAGUUGUUCAUUCCUGGGCAUCCAGUCAUUCGGUUUUGUUCAUGCUUUCACGCAUAUUUUGUUACUACUGGCGUUGCUAUGGCAACAAGCCUGGAGCCUGACUUGGGCCCGACGCCUAAUUCAAUUGGGCCCGACGAGCCUUGUCAUUGUGCUUCGUCGACUCUGAUCAAUCAGCUUUGCGGCUGGUGAGCCGUAACUGUUUUGCGCGAUGACCUGCUUUGUUUGCGUUGUGGUUUGCAGGGGGGGGGGGGGCGAACCCUGUGUCAUGGAAAAUGGCAAAUAUCCGUAAUACAGUGUUUCGCUAUGA